GCCGGGUCGCACCGAGACCUUGCCCGCGGCGGGCGGGGGGCGCGGGCGUCUCUGCUGCGGGCCUCCCCCGCAGCCGCCACAAGCGCGGGCGGCCGCGCCGCGCCCCCCGCUGCCUCGGCCGGGCCGUGAGCGCGUUCGGGGCCGCGACAGCCGCGCCCGGAGCGGGGCUGGGCCGGCGGGACCCGCAGCGGACCUCGGGCCUCGCCUCUGCGUGCAAACCUCACAGAAACCUGCGGGGACACCAGCCGUGCUCCCGAAUUUGAUCCAACCACCGGGAUUUCUGAGGGUUACCCGAGCCAGUGGGCCUUCUGAGCCCUGUCCGCUCCCUCCCUGCCCAUCUCGGUGCCCACCGCUGCCCUUUCUGCGAGCUAAGGAAGAACAAUUCUGCUUUUGGUAGAGUGUGCUGGUUGAAAACAUGUUGGCCACCAAGCUGUCCCGCCCUCUCUUGAACUUUUCUGUUAAAGCCCUGAAUUUCAAGGACCCAGGGAAUGGCUUUAGGCCUAUGCAGAGAUUUUCCUUCCCUCUCUUGUCCCCAUGUGGCAGCCGCUCUUAUGCAAAUGAAGUCGAUCAGAUUGGCAGCAGAGCUGUGCUUAUAACAGGCUGUGACUCAGGAUUUGGAUUUGCCUUGGCCAAGCACCUCCAUGACAAAGGUUUCAUUAUUUAUGCUGGCUGUCUGCAAAAGGACAAGGGAGAAGGUGGCUCCAAGGAGCUGGAUGCCAUGAAGAGUGAUCGAAUGAGAACUGUCCAGCUGAACGUCUGUGACAGCAAAGAAAUGGACCGGGCAGUGGAGCAUGUGCAAAACAGCCUCGAGGACCCAGAGAAAGGGCUCUGGGGGCUGGUUAACAAUGCUGGGAUCUCCACAUUUGGGGAAGUUGAAUUCACCAGCAUGGACACCUACAUGGAGGUAGCUGAAGUGAACCUGUGGGGGACCGUGCGAACCACCAAGGCUUUCCUCCCGCUCAUCCGGAGGUCGAAGGGUCGUGUGGUGAACAUCAGCAGCAUGAUGGGGCGGAUGGGCAGCCCUGCCCGGUCACCCUACUGCAUCACCAAGUUCGGCGUGGAAGCCUUCUCCGACUGCCUGCGCUACGAGAUGCAGCCCCAGGGCGUCAUGGUCAGCAUCGUGGAGCCUGGCAACUUCAUCGCCGGCACCAACCUGUACAGCCCCGAGCGCAUCAAAGCCAUCGCCGACAAGAUGUGGGACGAGCUCCCCGAGAUCGUGCGCAAGGACUACGGCAGGAAGUACUUCGACGAGCAGGUCAGCAAGAUGGAGUCGUACUGCAACAGCGGCUCGCGGGACACGUCGCCGGUGAUCGAGAGCGUGGCGCACGCACUCACCGCCACCGCGCCCUACACCCGCUACCACCCCAUGGAUUACUACUGGUGGCUGCGCAUGCAGAUCAUGACCCACAUGCCCGCCGCCAUCGCAGACCGGCUCUACGUCUACUGAGGCCUCACGCUCAUAAGCUACCCAGGAAAUGCUGGGACCCUGGAGGACUGCAUCUUCUAACUGCUGUUUCUGCUCUUGUGUAAUUCUUUAGGAAAAACAUCCAGGCAUGCCAACUCCAUCCCAGAAAUGAAAAAAAUGCAGCAGAAUUCCCAGCCCAGCUGAUAGCCAGAUCACUGAGGAGGCAGGACACAUGAUACAGCCUGGCAUCUCCAGGGGAUGCCCACCAGGCCGAGCUCCUGCUCCCGGAAAGCACCACUCUGGCACUGCCUCCCUCACAGCCAGCCAGCUCCCAGCCGUGGAGAUGGGACUGCCAGGACUGCUGAGAUCUUUUAAAUGUGCUUUUUGACAGGAUUCAUUGUGGUUUGAUACAGCAGAGAGAAAGGGAAUCCACCAGGAAUUACCCAGUGCCCUGGAGAUAUCUGUUAGACUGCAGUGAGUAUGAAAGCAGCUGAAAUUUUUUUAGGGCUUGGCUGAAACAUUCUUUAGGCUCCACUCUGGGCAGCUCUUUGAGCUGAGCUGGCGGCUUUGAUCCCUCAAGCAGUUGGGAGCACAUGGGAACUGCUGAGGCACUGCAGUGGUGAACAGAGGGUAGACAGGGAUUUUGCUUUGGCAGUGCUGCAAUUAGCUCAGUCACUCAGUCACAACUGUUUUGGAGGAUUUCUGACAGCAAACAGGCAGAGCUGGAUUUUAGCCAACUGGUAACCAGGUGGUGGAUGAGCCUUCAGAUGUAAUUUUACUGGUACACAUACUGCCCCACAGCAGAAUUUUUAAAACAUCACAUUCCUUAAAAGACCUAAUUUUGGAGGGAGUGUGAGUGCUGUCAGUGGCAACACCUACUGAAGUGUGUGUAGCAGUCCCUGAGCACGCAGAGGGAAAUGCAGAUGUGGCUGUUUGGAGAUGCUCCUCCCAGCCUGGGGGUCUUUGCAGUCAGGACUCAGCUGUGAGUCCCCCAGCAGGGGCUGUGACCCCUCUGACAGGCAGAUCUGUUGUCCUUCUACCCUUUUGGGAUCAGCCCUUUUGCAGCCUGAUUACAAGCCUGGCUGGAAAUGCAGACAGCAUGGUUUUGGUGUGAGUCACAGAGGGUUUGGUGGCUUUUCCCUCCCACAGCUCCGGCUGAAGCAGUCAGCUGGCAGCAUCAGCUCCUGGCCCCAAGGAGCAGAUCUGCAGCCCUUUACUUGGGAGAGAGGUUUGGAUGAGUGCUGAGAGGGCUCAGAGAAGCAACUAAGAGUGCCAACUGUUAUUCUGGAGAGCUUUCAUCUUUUUGGGAAAAGUGACCCCAGAGAUCACUGGGCAGGCUGGACUUCCCAGAGAUCCUCAGUGGGGUGGGAUCUGCUCCUGUGGGCCUGGACUUGGCGCCUGCCGUGCUCCCUUUCCCAUCCCUGAAGCAAGCAGAGCUUCUUGUCUUUCCUGGGAGCACAGAGACCUGCCCAACUCGCUCCUCUGCCAGCAGGAGUUCCUGAUGUGCCUGGUUCACAGGGAGGGGUGGGUUUUUAAUUACACUGAGUGUUACAGCUGGGGGACAUGGACAAGUGACAGAGAGGAGAACCUCUCCCUGUCAGGUGGGAACAGAAGCAGCAUUUUUGGGGCACAGUCUUGCUCCAGAGGUCACAUAAUGUCUGGGAGGUGAGGGGAAACCUGACUGGACUGCAGUCAAGGAGCACUUCAGGGAGGGAAUUCCUUACCAGUGUGACAUGUGCUAACUGCUGCCUUUUAUUUGACUACUGUGUGGGGAGGGCACAGAGCUGCACCAAGGUGGGGACCACAGCUCAGCUGCUGGGAACAGGCACUGCCAUCAGACAUGUCCUCUGCUCCCCAGUCUCCUAAACCAUGACAGGCAUUUGUUUGAGCACCAAGUGUCUCAUGGCUGUGAUGGAUCCUGGCUUCCAGAGAUAGCUGCUCUAGACAGGCUCUCACCUGGAGUUUGCUCAGGUGUGGCUGUGUCUGUGCCCCACAGUGUUUGCAGCACCUUCGAGCUCUGCAGCAGGCAGUGACUGUGCAGGACCCUCAUCCUCUGAUUUGUAGACACCCCUGAUCCUCUGAUUUGUACACACCCCUCAUCCUCUGAUUUGUAGCCCUCCUCGUGUUUCCUCUGCCCCUCACCCUGCUGUGAGCCUCCUCCCUGGGCUGCAGCUCGGGUAUCCUGGGCUCCCCUGAGCUCCCUGCUCAGACUUCUGCCACCUUCACCAAGGCUUCUGCGCCAUCCCAGACUGUUCCCAACCUUCAGAAAUGCUGAUAAUGCCCCACUCAAAGUCUUACAGUGCCUUGCAGCAGCUGUAAAUUGUGGGAGCUGUCUUUUGUGUAGAACAAAUGUUAUUUUAUUUGUACUAGAAAUAGGUUGGAAGAACUGUCAAUGAAUAACUUUGGAAACACAUCCCAAAAUAAUAUGAAGUAUCUCAGGGUGCAUAUCCAGAAUGGGCACCGCCUCUGUCCUGCCUGAGAGCCCACUGUCUCCAGCACCAUGUCCCAGCCUCAGCAUCAGCUCAUAACAUCACCAUGAGCAUCUGGUAUAAUGGCAGCCCUGUCAUUUGUGCUUACUUAUCAGUCUGUCUGUAAUUCUCUAAUCAAUCCCAUUAUUUAUUGGUAUAAAAUUUGCUACCUAGAGCACCUGAAGGCUGCCCAGGGUCAGGAGGAACACCAACACCAUUUUCUAAGUCUGACACUCUGAGGCUCCCCACAGUGAGGGCUGUCAGUCCUAUCUGCAGCCAUCGCUGUGCAAGGGAAGACAAUGACUGCAGGAGAACCACUUCUCCUGGGCUCAGUGAGUCACCAGCCUGUGUGGGUGCCGUUAAUCCCCGCGGGUGUGGGGGCAGGUGGCCUCACAAACAUGCUAUUCCCUGAUGCAGCAUUGCAGUGGUGCUGGCAAUGCCACAGAGAGUUUCCCCCUGCUCUAGGGGGAACCUUUUCCCCCUCACAAAAUACUCAGAGAGGGUGCAGGACUUCUCUGCAGCUCAUGGCACAUUGGCUGGACCAUGCUAUGGGCUGUUCCAGUGAUAGCUGCCAUCCUGCAGUGGGAAUCCUUUCUUGCCUGGCAGAGUCUUUGCCAUUGAGCUUUUCCCUUCAGCAGCAGCUGUGCUGUGCAGAGUGAGGUUAAAAGCUCAUAAUAUUCACUCACCUUAGAGGUGUUCAGGGAGCUCCUAGACCCUCUGUGGUUCCCCACGGGAGCAAUCACAGGUAACCUUCCUGGAUGAAGCACCUUGAGCCCUCCCCUCAGAGCAGCCCUGUCUGUGUUGCAGCCCCUAUGCCGGCUCCUGGGCUCUGCUGGGGGAGCAGCUGGGCCACUGGGGAUGCUCCUCUCUGCCCCUGCACCCCUGGGGUGUCCUGGCUUUGGCAGCCUGACUUUGGUCCUGCACCAUUAUGCACCGGCUGGUCUGGCACACCCACACUUGGCAGGAGCCAUGAAUAGUCAGUUUGUAAUGGAAAUGUUGCCUGCAGAACUCCCUCUGCUCCUCAGCAACACCUGAAAUCCCUGUGCCUUAUAUUACAUGGUUUGUAUGAAAACAUGGGUGAUAUCUAGGCACAAAAGGCACAAUUAAAGAUAGGAUGAUACACAGAGGAACCUCUCGGAGUACAAGCUGAAGAGAUUCUCCUUCCAUCAAAUGCUUGUACAUGGGAGUUACUGACUGCCUGUGUGGAGAGGAGGCUUGUGGGGAAAAAAAAAUACCUUAUUUUCCCCCAAGCUUAAAAAGCCUGGUAAAAAUCUGUGUUCAUGCGUUAUUUAUUGUCAGAAAAUAUUUGUCUGACAAUUAAAAUCACCGCUAGUAUCUCUAAUGUGUCUUAAAGUUUGAUUGCCUGUUUAUUUUUGUUAGCAGUGAGAUAAUUCUUGCCUCAACCAAUGACUCUCCCAUAGCAGCUUAUGGCACCUGUGUGCAGCACUCUGUGUGCCCAGGAAAGGCCAUCGCUGGCCCUCCUGUGAGCCUGCACAAGGCACGGCACAGACUGCAGAGCUGUGCUGUGGGUGGUGAUGGAGGGGAGGAAACCGGGGAGGAGUGGCUGUGGGCACCAGGGAGGCAAGCAGCGAUACAGGACAGACACAAACAUGAAGAGCUAAGCCAGGGUGGAUUUGUCUGCAGGAGUGAUCCACUCCAGGAGUGAUGAAGUGCCAUGGGCUGGUUUUUAGGGGUUCCCUGGCAGAGUGCCAUUGGGGCUGGCAGGGAGGGGAGGUGUUGCUGCCCCUCGACACAGGGCAGAGAGGGCUGCACCUUCCUCGCCCUGCUGCAAGAGGAGCUUUUGCUCACCGGAACCCUGGGGGUGACCAGGUGCUCACACAAUCCCUGCAGCAACUCCACUGAGGCUCCCUUGGCAACGGCAAAGCCAGAGGAAGGAGAAAUUGCCCACUAGCACGUCCCAAAAGGCAGCAUGCUGUAAAAUUCAUUACCCUCAGCUAGUUUUAGCCCUCCUGUAAAAUACAUUUUAUGUCUAA